AUGUGUCAGAGCAGUGCUGCUGGCCGGGAGUUUCGAGAAGCCAGUCAGCUUGCAAGAGCACUCACAACAACACUUCUUCCGCUCAGUGUGCACAUUUCUCGGAAAGAUUACUUCUGUGAAUGCUUCCCACCAGUGGAACUUCUGCUCACAUCGUCACCGACUUCGUGGUUGCCAGGUUUUGUGGAGUUCGGAAAAACUGAUUUUUUGCGAGGGCGAGAAAUGUGA